AUGACAAAUCAAACCGAGUUAAUUCAAUUGUAUAUUUUACUAUCCUAUGAAAAGUUGCAACGUUCAACAAUCAGUCAACGUCAACGACCAACAGAAGCUUCAUUACGCAAUCGUCUGUUGGUUUGGCGUUUUUUAAAAAAAAUUGAAAACGAGCCAGUAACUUGUGAUCAAGAACUUUUUACAAAUAAUCAAACUAAUAAUAUUAAUGAUGAUCUUGAUAAUAACAAUCCUUGGAUAAUUGAUUUUAACACAAAUUGUGAUGUUGAUAAUUCGAUCGAUAUGGAUAUUGAAUCUGAUAUAGUAACUGUUUUAGGUAGUAAUAAUGAAAUAAAUAAUAAUUCUACGUGUGAAACAAUGACUAUUGAUCAAACAUCAGGUGUAACUGUAUUAUUGAAACGCGCAAUUGGUGCUGAAAGAAGACAAAAAUCAUCAACAGAUAAUUUUCAUUUCAAUGAGAAUAAUAAUAAUAAUACAAAUCUUCAUCAAGUAUCAGAAACAAAUACAUUUGAAGAAACAGAGCAAUUUUUUCAUGAUCUAUGUAAUGAACUAACGAAUACUACAGCUUCACUCGUGUCAACUUCAACAACAAACGCAUUAAAUUUUUCAACAUCACCUGAACAAACACUUAUUCAUUAG